AUGCUUCAGGCACGCCAGCUAGGAAAGGAGCUCUACGUUGGAGUUCAUUCUGAUGAAGACAUUCUUCACAAUAAAGGCCCGGUGGUUAUGACUUUGGACGAAAGACUUACUGCUGUCGAGGCAUGUAAGUGGUCUACAAAAGCUAUUCCUCAUGCGCCCUACGUGACGGACCCUGAUUUUAUGGAGAAGUACGGCUGCAAGUAUGUUGUACAUGGUGAUGAUAUUACUACUGACGCUAAUGGCGAGGACUGUUACAAGGGCGUGAAGGACUUGGGACUCUUUGUGGUGGUGAAGAGAACUCCAAAUAUCUCCACGACUGAUUUGGUUGGUCGUAUGUUGUUGAUGAGCAAGGCUCACCAUUUCAAGCCAAUUACUUCGCUUCUGACCGCUUUGGAGCACCCUCUCUUUUCCAAUGACGACUCGUUGAAGAGAUUCGGAAUGUAUGCCUCUGACGCUACAGGAAAUAAGAAGGGCUCGGCUGUCUUCGUUAACGUCGAGAAUGAGGACGGUAUCAAGACCGUCGUUGAACCCUCGGACGAAGUCAAGACAAGACUUGAGAAUGGGUACGUGUACGUCGACGGUGCGUUCGACCUCUUCCACCCAGGCCACAUUGAAGCAUUACGUCUUGUAAGAGAACAGGCUCAGGGCAAGGCUGUGGUUGUUGGUAUCUACGAUGACAAGACAAUCAACUCUCACAAGGGUAUGAACUACCCAGUCAUGAACCUUUUCGAGAGAUCGCUCUGCGUCUUGCAAUGCCGCUACGUUGACGCCUUGGUGAUUGGCGCUCCAUGGAAGGCUACGAAGACAUUCUUGGGUAAGCUUCCAGGCAAAGCUGAAGCUGUUUUCCAUGGUCCCGCUCCAUUUGAAGAAGGUGCAUACAAUGAUGUUGCCCCACUAGUCAAGGAGCUCGGGCCACACAAGUUCGAUAACAUUAACACAGCUUUCAUUGUCAACCGUGUGUUGAACAACAAGAAGGCUUACGAGGAGAGACAGCGUAGAAAGGGAUGGAAGGCUGAAGUCGAGAGAAAGUUGCGUGCUGAUGAGCUAGAAGGUAAAUAA